AUGGUGCUAGACCUCAACCCCACAAAAGGCAAUUCAAACCGGAAAGCCAUCCAUCUCAGAGGCAGGGGCGGUCGAAAACCAAUCGUCAUCAAAUGGUACCCCUUCAAAGAAGGCCGCACCCUCCGCUUUGUCGACUGCUAUCACCACACCACCACCGGCUCGAAAGGCAAUAAAACAGUACGUAAAUACAGGGAAUGCCAUGUUCAUCUUCCGCCGGAUGAAUGGCGCGCAGGCUUCUCUCAUGGGGUUAUGACUGGUGCUGAGAGAAGGGCGUCUGUUCCGCAUAAACCACAGCAGGCGGAAUACAACGCUGGUGUAUUUCCCCGGUUUAUGGAUGCAUUGGAGAGGACUGUUGGAGUGGAGAAUAUUAAGAGGUGUAAGAAGGUUGGCGAUGAGGUUAUGGGUAAAGAUGCGGAUGAGGAAGACAGCGAUGAGGACGCUGGACAGGUUGAAAAAGAGGAAGUAGAUCUGCUAGGGGAUAUGGAGAACCCCGAACGUGACAGUAUCGAGAUCAAGAAGGCUGAGCAGGAGACUAUUGAGUCUGACAACACCAAACCGGAGACCACUCAUGAUGCCAACACAGAAGGCCCAGAAGAAGGCGCGAAAGACGAGUACUGGAUACAUGACGAAAUCGCCGGACUCUACAUCACCAUGAACCCAGCAAACGUCCACGGCCGCACCACGGUAAUCAGGCACGCCGACACGGGGGAUUUUUUAGUGUUGGACUCAUCAUGGGACUAUACACGGCCACUUGCCGACUACACAACGCACCUAGUCCGAAAUGCGGCUCACAUUGCCCUAGGCGUUGCGACAAAUGCCGAGUUACUGGGACAACCGAUAUCAGUCUAUCAUGCCCCGGUGAAGGGUACGCCUAGCAUUAUGCGAUCUGAGCCUUACAGCAGCACGCGUGUCAAGUUCAUUCAAGAGUACGCCAAGGCACAUGAUCCCGCGCGUGUGACCGAAUAUGACUUGAAGAGGCCUGUUCCGGCAACUGGAGCGGGCGACAAUGUUAACGCGGGAGUCACUGGUGAUGCAGCGUCCGGCAUCACUGAUAUUGCAGCUCCGAGCUUGAACGACCCAUCAUUCCUCUAUGUCUGCGAGCGCAAUUCGGGCUGGGUCACGCUAACCCUCGACUUACAAGACCUUGCCGCACCAAAGAUGCAGCUAGACAAAAACAGACCCGUUGAUCUUCUUCGCGGCAAAGACGGCGCUAAACCCUUCCACAUCGACUACUACGCCUUCAAAUACGGAUACACGCUACGUCUGAACAACUGUGGCUACACCACACAAUUCAAGGGCCACCCCAUAGAGGGAAAGUUACGCGGCGGCAAGAGCACCAAGAGUAGCAGAGCUACAAUCCCUUGGAAAGAGUUCCACAUGCAUUUACCUGAUAACCGUUGGCAUGCUCCAUGCAAGCACGAGAUGUGGGGAGGAGAAUUCAACGGCAGGGCGCAGGGGACGCACAACGAAGAGUAUGCAAGACACAACGUGGUGGUAUUUCCUCGUUUUAUGGAUAAGCUGGAGGAGAUCAUCGGGGAGGGACGGAUACGGAUGUGUAAGAAUAGGGGAAAUGAGCUUGUUGACAUAGACGCAGGGGAUGGGGAGAAAAUUGACGAAGAAGGUGAGGAGAAUGACGGGGAUGAUAGCAGUAGGGAAGUUGGCAUGGAAGGCGGCGAUGGAGAAAGUGAGUAG